CAAGGACCCUGUAUAUAAUUUCCAAAUCACGGUUUUGUGUUGGCCAUUUGAACACAAAAGAGAUUGGAAUUAGCUUCUCUUCGACCUUUUCAGUUCAAAGGGCCUUUCAAUAAUCAAACAACUUGAAGGAGUAGUCCAUUGUUGUCCACAAUCGAUUCUUUCCCAGAAAAGUUACACAUCAAUAUGCACUUAAGUCCUUACACUACAACUCCAAAGAAGCCAUCACCACGCUCCGACAGCCACCACCACCACAACAACCACCACCACCACCACCAUAGCAACAACAUUGUUGAUGAAGCUGCAGCGUUAGAUAACAACAACAUGCAUCGGAGCAACCAGAGCCACACAUCCACAAGUCGUUCUUCGGACUCCAGUGAGCCGAAUGAAGAUGGCAAAUGGGCACCUAAGCUUCUGAGAGAGUGUGCAAAAGCAAUAUCAGAGAGAGACUCGACGAAAACGCACCAUCUUUUGUGGAUGCUUAACGAGCUUGCUUCGCCCUACGGUGACUGCGAUCAAAAGCUCGCGUCUUACUUCUUGCAAGCCUUGUUCUGCAGAGCCACCGAGUCCGGCGAGAGAUGCUACAAGACGCUCUCCUCCGUGGCGGAGAAGAACCACUCGUUCGAUUCCGCGAGGAGGUUGAUUCUCAAGUUUCAAGAGGUGAGCCCUUGGACCACGUUCGGACACGUGGCCUCCAACGGGGCCAUCUUGGAGGCCUUGGAGGGAGAGCCCAAACUCCACAUCAUCGAUCUCAGCAACACGCUUUGCACGCAGUGGCCUACUUUGUUGGAGGCUUUGGCCACGCGAAACGACGAAACGCCGCACCUGAAACUCACCGUGGUGGCGCUUGCGGGGUCGGUGAUGAAGGAGGUUGGUCAACGGAUGGAGAAGUUCGCGAGGCUUAUGGGCGUGCCCUUUGAAUUCAACGUGAUCAGUGGCCUGAGGGAUCUCACAAAAGAAGGCCUGGGCGUUCAGGAGGGCGAAGCCAUCGCCGUGAACUGCGUCGGGGCGUUGAGAAGAGUGGAGGUUGAAGAGAGGGAAAACUUGAUUCGCGUUUUCAAGUCUCUCGGUCCUAAAGUGGUGACCGUUGUGGAAGAAGAAGCCGAUUUUUGUAGCUCCAGGGAGGAUUUCGUGAAGUGCUUCGAGGAGUGUCUGAAGUUCUACUCUCUCUACUUCGAGAUGCUGGAGGAGAGUUUUCCCCCGACCAGCAACGAGAGGUUGAUGUUGGAGAGGGAGUGUUCGAGAAGCAUAGUUAGGGUUUUGGCAUGCUGUGGUGGUGGUGGUGGUGAUGACAUAGAAGACGAGGGAGAAGAGUUUGACUGUUGUGAGAGGAGGGAGAGAGGAACACAGUGGUGUGAGAGGCUGAGGAAUGCAUUUUCGCCGGUUGGUUUCAGCGAUGAUGUGGUCGAUGAUGUUAAAGCAUUGCUGAAGAGAUACCAACCAGGUUGGUCACUUGUAGUGUCUCAGGGUGAUGAUCAUCUCUCAGGGAUUUACUUGACAUGGAAGGAGGAACCAGUGGUCUGGGCUUCAGCAUGGAAACCCUAGAAUAUCAUAUCAUAUCAUAUCAUAUGAAUGAAUGAAUGUAUCUCACUGUAUCUAUCUAUGAUUAUUAUAUAUACAUAUAUAUCUGUGUUUUGUAAGCAUUACUAUAUAUAGCUAUGAACGUAGCUAGGUAGAGAAAAGCUGGUUAAAAAGCAAGGGAUUGAAGAGAAAGACAGUGGAAAAUAAGAUGCAUGAUUUCUGAGGAUAUAUAGCAAUAGGAAGUGGAGUUUAUAGCAAUGGAUUUUUCUUUUAACUUUGUCUUGUGAUUCUUGCAUGCUUUGUAAUCUUUCUGGUGUCGAAAAGGGGAAGCUUUUUUGCUUGGGAGUUUGUGUUGUUAGACUUUACACUUUUGCUAGAAUGAAGUUGAAUUCAUUGCUUGGUUGUUCUUGUUUGAA